CUUACAAUCAAUCGCAAUCAUGGCGGGGAGCGGUCCGCGCGUUGCUAAACGAUCUUUGAAUGCCUGUACUCGAUGUCGCAGGCAAAAGAUCAAGUGUUCUGGAUCGCAGCCCUGCGAUGGUUGCAAUAAGCGCAAGCUUACUUGUAUCUUUGAUGAUCGUGAUCAGAAGAUUCUAGUCACGAGAGGGUAUAUCGAUGAGUUACUGCAGAAAAUUGCUACUUUCCAACAGAGCGACCGAGUGAAUCACAGUCCUCUCAGCCCUGAAUAUGCGGAGGAAAGAUCGCCUGAUCUCAAAGACCAAAAUGAUAUAUCAGAUAAUGCCAAGUCUACACCCACCGACAACGAAGACAUCCAUCAUGAGCUAGAGGAUCCUGCGUCAGGACUAACGAACCCCCUUUCUACUGGACCCCCGGCAUUCAUGUCAGCAGAGAAUGGAAGAACGUUCUAUCUAGGAACUUCAUCAAACUGGUCCUUCACCCGCCGAGUCCUGAGUCUAACGCACGAACACAUCUAUCAAGAAGCUCUACCAACAGGAGCCUUGAUCUUUGAUGGCACGACCUAUGACCUUGGUUGGAAUGGCCUGCGCAGACCACAGGAUCCAGAAAUCCCGGCCGUUCCCACCUUCGACCACGCACUCUACCUCAUCAACGUUGUCAAGUUUCGCUGCGGGCAGCUUUACCACCUCUAUGAUGAAACCGAUUUCAUGAGGAAUUUGCACGAGUUUUACUCGGGCCCCCAGCCGAAUGCCACGGCAGGGCUGUGGUAUAUCCACUUCCUUUUGAUCCUGGCAUUCGGCAAAGGCUUCGUUCAGCAUAAACUGCAGGGGAAUAAACCAGCAGGGGCGGAAUACUUUGUAAAGGCCCUUCAAUUACUUCCGGACGUCAGUGUUCUUCAUCAGGAGCCUAUUGAGUCUACGGAGAUCUUGUGCUGCGUGGCGCUGUAUCUGCAAGCCUUGGACUACCGCUCUUCCGCUCACAACUAUAUUGGACAAGCCAUGCGAAUGGCAAUGGCCGAAGGCCUUCACACUCAAAUGCCGAUCGAGUACCUCGGAGAAAGCUUUGUGCAAAGAUGCCGCAAGAUCUGGUGGACGGUAUACAUCAUGGAUCGUGAGAUGACUUCACUCAUGGGCCUGCCUCAAUCGUUGAAUGAUGAUCAUGUAAACGCCCUUCUCCCCACGUUUCCCGGCGCCGGACAGAAGACCGCUGGAAUCGGCAUGCAAAUAAAGAUGUCUCGAAUUAUUGCGGAGAUAAACAGUACUGUCUAUGCAAUCGAUGGUCGAUUGAAUCGGAACUUCUUGCUUCGGACUAAAACAGCUCUGGCAAGCGUUGCACGUCUGGCCGAUGAAUUGCAAGAGAGUUUCCCAUUACAAGCGGAUCGAUCGGCGAAUGGGGUUUCCAGAACAUCCGCAUACCUUCACCUGCUCUAUCACCAGUGCAUCGUGCUCGCAACCCGACCGCUUCUCUUUUGUUUUUUGAAGAUCCGCUUUGAAUCGCCACAACAUUGCACGGAUGCUUUGAACACGUCUCGGAACGUCCGAAACUUGAUCCAAAUGUGCAUGGAGUCUUCCCAACAAAUCAUCAGCAUCCUUCACAGCCUCCAAACGGAAGGCCUCCUCGAAACAUUCCUCUCCUUCGACCUCGACUCCAUCUUCGUCUCAACAGUAGUCCUUCUCAUCGGACCCGCCAUCGACAUCCGCUGGAACUACCCACUAUGGGUCGAAAAGGCAUAUACAAUCUUCGAAGAAAUCAUCGAAAAUGGAAACCUGAUAGCCAAGUUUCGACGCUCCGAGUUACAGCUUCUAGAUGAACUGCUAAGUUGUUACCCUCACGAUCAACCCAGACGCCUCUCAGCACCGGUAUCAUUCCCGAACAAUGUCCUCAAUCAACCACAUGGGAGCUUGGCUAGCUCUUUUCCACCAUCUACACAUGUAAUCAACCAUGAUUUAAUGUCCGAGUCCGAUGUUGGGCUGGGAGACGAUGCUAUUUUUACGAGUGGGUGGACGGCGGCGCAGAUUAUGGCGGUGGCGGACUCUAUAGAAGGUAUUGAUACGGAGUGGAUGUCCAAUGCGAUGAUUGAACAUAGUAUUUGGUAG